GCAUUUAUUGCACAUGUGUUCUGCAGGCUAAGUUAUUUCUAUAUUGUAAAUAAAGUUAAGUAAUUGAAGCCGAAUAAUUCAGCCUAAACUGAAAUAUUAAUAAUGUUCUUGUCUUUUUCAGAUACCAGCAACAUCCUGGAAGUCAAUACACUUUUUUUUCAAUGCGUUAAAACUGACGAAUCGAUACAACUUCGGAGUCACUUGCACGCAUUUGCAGGGAAAAAUUGUUGACGAUUUCGAAAUAAAUUUGGAAUGUAAUUGCGUAAUUGAUUGAAAUUUCUGAUAAGUCUGCUAUAGAGUAAAAAUGUAGUUGGGUACAUGCCGAUAAGUCUGGUAUCGGUCGAGCGGUGAGAGUUUUGUAUUUCAUUGACAAUCUUCAGAAACAAAAAAAAUCGUUCAAGAAAUGUCAGUAAAAAACACCGCACUUAAUGAUUUGGAUGCUACAAGUACAAUUUUAAUCGUCUUUAAGUCGUAGACAUAUAUUGAUAGCAGGCCAUAGGUGUGUUCGAAAGUUUUCGAGACAUAGUAUGCACUUUAUGAAUCGAUAAAUUCAUAGGACUCGCUGCGAAUAAAAGGAAGACAAUGGUGCCUCGGUAUCCCCACACAUCGAUAGCGGAUAACAUCCCAGGGCCUUCCCUCAACUUCCGAGGCACACUGCCGCCCGAGAUUGCCCAAGAUGCCAUCGUCUACGUCUUGGCGGUUGUUGUCUUCUAUGCAGCCAUCAUCGUGGUGUUGGUGGGCACUAACCUGCACCGUUUUCGGACCCGACCAGCUGAGGCAACGUUACACCACCAGAUCUAUGAGGAUAAAACCAAGAAAAAACCUAAAACUAUAGCGUCUCAGAACGUCAAGGUUAGUGAUGAAGGUGAAAUUGUACUCGCAGCGACUGACGACAGUCAUGAUCUUGACUCGCACAAUGAGGAAACUGUUAUUGCGCCUCUCAUUACAAACAAUGAACAUGAGGAGGAAAAUGCACAGCAAUUCAAAGCGAACACUUACAUAGAAUCCAUUGAAGUUAUUCAUCAGUCUGAAAAUAAUCAAACAUACACACACACAUUCAUUGAUCCUUCGUUGCUCGUAGAAGGUUAUUCCUCGGAUGACGGCUCAAAUUUUAAUAUGGGCGGUGAAUCCAAUGUCCGGUCGUUUCCUUCUCGUACUAUUACGUCAGGAAGAAACUCUCUCCGAGAUGCAAGCAGAAGUUUCACAACUCAGAUUUUACAAAAGGUAAGGAAAUUUGCUCCUCAAACCGCCGUUCCUCAAGAAUCAAGCGUCAGCAAAAUUUCCACAACUGUAGUGUCCAGAAACCAUCCGUCAGCAGCGAACAACCAGAAGCAAAAUGUUGAGGUCGCCUUUACAGCUAAAGAAGAAAUCAAACCCCGAGCCCUGCUGGAGAUGGCAGGAGACGAUGAGGUCGAUCCAGUGUCUGUCUGAACAUAAGUGAUAAAUGGAGCGACAUGUACAAUAUUAGCUAAACUCUGAGCACUGAUCGUGAACCGUUAUGACAAUAUGACAAUGACUUUUACGAAAUUACCGUAGGAAUGAGCGCCUUGUCUCGGGAGCUAUUUUUAUGCUACAUGCGCUGCAAUUGAGAAAUGUUAUUUGUCAUCCGCAUAGGUCAUCAUUAAAUGGGGGAUAAUGAUUCAUUUCAUUUUCGCUGGGUACGUUUUCCUACCGUUUCUAAUCAUCAGUAGAUUCAUCCGACAGCGAGUUGGAAGGUACGGGAUUGUGAAUAUAGUAAUUGAUGUUUUUACUCUGAUGGAAUGCGUUGCAAUAUCCAGGUUGAGAUAAGAGCCUCAUUUCCUGAAGAGUUAUCUCCUAAUAGAAACUGGCAAUAUUUAUUUAUGAGCAUUUACAACUAUAUGAUAACAAGGCAGGUGUAAACUAGCUUCUUAAUUGUUGGAAGUGAGAAAACUUUUUUUCUUGUUUCCUGAAAUAGGGCUCAUAAUAAAGAGUGAUUCACGGAAACUUCCUGUUUUGUAUUUCACACCAAGCAGCCAGAUG